AUGUCAAAGAAAGGUGACGGUCAGGGAACUUCCCCAGUAAACGAUGCUCUACCGCCGGGAGUGAGCUGCGACAUAUGUAAGAAUCCGGAUAACAGUCGGAUGGUAGCGUGUGAUUCGUGUGGGCAGUGGUUUCAUUUCGCGUGUGUUAGUGUGGAUUCAAAUGUUCAGGAUGAGGAGUGGAGUUGCAAGAAAUGCCUUGAGGCGGUGAUUCAACUUCCAGCCGGUGCAUCUACACCUAAUACCGACACUGGAGUGAUACCAAAGCCCGGAACCAGGCUAACAGAAUCUAAUCUGGAGGAGUACGUGCAGAAACAGUUGGCGGUGAUGCAGGUGGGCUUUGAACGUUUGUUGAAGGCGAAAGAUGAUCGGCAUCUGAAGGAGCUCAGAGAUCAACGGAAGAAAUAUGAACAGGUGUUGAAAGACACGGAGCGACGUGUGCUAGAGCGUGUGGAAAGGCAAAACUUAAUUAGCUCAAGUGGGGGUGGAUUAACGGCGAGUUCAACUGUAAAUCAACCGGCACAGAUGGUGUCCAGUGGAUCGACUGGUAAUCAAAACCCGAAAUUGUUAGGUAGCAGAUCAACAGCGAGUUCUACGAGUUAUCAUCCACAGCAGGUGGCAGGAGGAUCAACAACAGGUGCGAUCGGAAGUCAGCCGUUGCCAUGGACGUUGGGAACCGGACCGACAGCAAGUUCGACGGAAAAUCCACUGCCACAAAUUAAUGCACGAGAGGUGAGUCAGGGCAAUGAGGCUCUAGCACAUGAGUUGAUGUUGCUGGAGGAGCAGCAGGCAUUAGAGAAGAAACAUAUGGAGGAGCGAAGCCGCCUUUUACAACGGCAUGCGAUGUUCGGCGGAGGAGCAGCCGGUGGAAUCGGACUGAAUCCUCAGGCGACAGCAUUCCAACCGAUUGGUAGCGGGUUUUUCGGUGUUUCUUCGCUAAGUCAAGGUCAGAUUUCAGCGCGUCAAGCUAUCAACAAGGAGCUUCCCAUAUUUUCCGGCAACCCAGAAGAAUGGCCGCUUUUUCUAGCAAGCUACGAGAACUCGACCAGGAUUUGCGGAUAUAGCGACGAAGAAAACAUGCUUCGACUUCAACGAAGCCUCAAGGGAAAGGCAAUGGAAACGGUACGUUGUCGUCUGUUGCAUCCUGCCAACUUACCGGGGGUUAUAGCGACGCUGAGAACCCUGUUUGGGAGACCGGAAGUCAUCGUCCAUUCGCUGGUGAAUAAGAUCCGGGAAAUGCCAUCGCCGAAAGCUGAAAAACUGUGCACGCUGAUCGAUUUCGGAGUUGCAGUUCAAAACGUCUGCGCGACCAUCACAGCUUCAGGUCUCGACGAGUAUAUGUGCAACGUGGCGCUACUCCAAGAACUGACGGAGAGAUUGCCGCCUUCUAUUAGACUGAACUGGGCGUACCAUCGGCAGGGACUGAACAGAGUCACUCUUUCGGAAUUCGGAGACUGGCUUGGGAAGUUAGUUGAAGCAGCGAGCAUAGUCACGAUGCCAACUCUCAACAUCUCGAAACCAGAGAGACGUGGAAGGAAAGACGACAACUACAUCAACGUUCACUCGGAAAGCAACUCUAGUUGCGAAGUUCUCUCGUUAGAUCGCCCGAUUACUGCAUCAAAGGGCUGUCUCGUAUGUUUGAACGAAUGCAGCGGUCUGGACACGUGUGGCAAGUUUCUCGCCUUGGGCGUCGGGUCCCGUUGGACAGUUGUGAAAGAGCAAAGGUUGUGCAGAAAGUGUCUACGGAGGCAUUACGGUGCCUGCCACGUGAAAACACCCUGUGGAAGAAACGGUUGCUCGUUCAUGCACAACACAUUGUUGCACGACGACAAGCGAUAUAACAAACGUUUGACUCCCGAACCAGCGCAGCAGUCUAACGAGAGUUCAACAACACAGAGCUGCAACACGCAUUCGAAGAGGGCGGGAAAGGUUUUAUUUCGGUACGUGCCUGUAACGAUCUACGGUAAGGGAAAGCAAGUGACAACCUAUGCUUUCCUCGACGAUGGGUCGUCGGCGACUUUGAUGGAGCACGGCCUACUGAGAGAAUUAGAUCUUAAAGGAACGCCCUAUCCAUUGUGCUUGAAUUGGACGGGUGGCCACCAGCGGGAAGAAGAUGAGUCAGUCUUACUGACGUUGAAGAUCUCCGGUGUAAGUGACACUCGUGAAGUGUUCGACCUUCCAGAGGUUUAUACGGUUAGGGAUCUUUCUCUUCCGAAACAGUCGGUCUCAGUCUCGCAGUUGGCAACUAAGUACAGCUAUCUCAAAGGUUUGCCAUUGAAAUCCUACGAUGAUGUCUCUCCACGGAUCCUUAUAGGGAUGAACAAUUGCCGCCUGGGUCACGCCCUGAGAAGUGUCGAAGGUGGUGAGAACGAACCGGUGGUGUCCAAAACCCGCCUUGGAUGGAUGAUAUACGGACCUUGCACCAUGGAAUCUGGUACGACGAACUCCGGCUAUAGCAGUUAUCACAGUUUCCACAUCUGUCCCUGUGUUAGGGAAGAAGAAAGGGAUCUGAAUGCGGCACUUAAGGAAUACUACUCAAUUGAGUCAUUGGGAAUCUCUGGUUCACAAAAAUCACUACAUUCAAAAGAUGAGGAGCGCGCGAUUAAAAUUCUGUCAACCGAAACACGACUGGUAGGGAAUCGCUACGAGACCGGCCUAUUGUGGCGCUAUGAUCAAGUACAGCUACCCGACAACAAGGGAAUGGCUGCAAAGCGCCUAGCUUGUCUACAGAAGCGAAUGAGACGGGAACCCGAAUUAGCUGCGGCGAUGCGAUCGAAAAUGCUUGAGUACGAGGAGAAGGGUUACAUUCGGCGACUGUCGGCAAUGGAGAAGGCGGAGAAACAUUCUAACGACUGGUAUCUACCAAUCUUCCCAGUAACCAACCCGAACAAACCAGGGAAGCUACGAAUCGUAUUCGACGCGGCCGCCAAGGUCAACGGCGUCUCACUGAACUCGUUCCUCCUAACGGGACCCGAUCAAUUGGUGUCACUGCUUACAGUUCUGUAUAAGUUUCGCGAGUUUCGCGUCGCCGUAGUGGGAGACAUUCGGGAAAUGUUCUUCCAAGUACAGAUGAAGAAGCUAGACCAACGAAGCCAGAUGAUUUUGUGGAGCAACGGUAAUCCGGAGGAUGAACCCGAAGUGUAUGCGGUAGCAGUUAUGACGUUCGGUGCGGCAUGCUCUCCAAGUUGUGCGCACUAUGUCAAGAACCGAAACGCUGAAAGAUUCGAAGAGCAGUAUCCACGAGCGGUAGAGUGCAUAAAGUAUGAGCAUUAUGUCGACGACAUGUUGAUGAGUGUUGAGACUGAGGAGGAAGCUGUAAAACUAGCCAGCGAGGUACGAUCUAUCCACUCUCAGGGAGGAUUCGAGAUACGCAAUUGGUUAUCAAAUUCCCGUUCGGUCAUCGAUAAUCUGCACGAGGUCAGUACCACGGAAAAGAACAUGAGCUUUUGCGCGGAGAUGACGACGGAAAAGGUGCUCGGUAUGUGGUGGGACACCACAACAGACACGUUCACGUUCAAAUUAUCACCGAAGCAUGACGAGCAGCUACUUUCCGGAAUCAGGAUGCCAACAAAACGAGAAGUUCUGAGAACAUUGAUGGCUAUAUACGAUCCGAUGGGAUUCAUUGGUAAUUUCCUCAUCUACUUGAAGAUCCUGAUGCAGGAAAUCUGGCGUUCCGGAUGUGGUUGGGAUGAUGAAAUCAACGGAAAGCUGGCCGAAAAGUGGCAGACGUGGAUCGAAGCGUUGCCGAACGUCCAUCAAGUUAAGAUUCCUCGCUGCUACCGAAUUAUAACAUCUGCCAAACCAGCCAACAAUGUGGAAUUGCAUAUUUUCUGCGAUGCCAGCGAGAAUGGGAUGGCUGCUGUGGCCUACUUCAGCCCCUCUGAAGUUUCUCUCUAUCCCUCGACUUGA